AUGCUAUCUUUUGUUGUUGCUGCUGGAUUUGCCGGAACAAUCCUGGCACAAAGUUUUAUUCUUAAAAAUUCCCAGGCUCACUUCUUAUGGGUUGGGGGUUUGGUUUCUAUGGGUGAGGCAUUGAUACAUCUAGUGCAGAUUAGAGAAAACGCCAGAGACGUUUACAAUUGUUUUUUUCCACAUUUUUUUUAUGCAAUUUUAAUGGGAACUUUUAGAGCUUAUAUUUGUGGUUUUUUAUUGUAUAUUUUAAAAGAAAUUGAGCCUAUUUUUUCAAUAUUGUUUUACUGUGCUUUUGUACUUCAAGGGAAAUACUUGCAAACCGAGAACCUGAGGAAUAAGUUGAUUUGGUUUGGAGUCUCUACACUCAGUACACUUCUGCUGUUCCUGGGGAUUUUGAUUAAGAAGAAUGGGGAUAUUUCACUCUUGACUUUUGCGCUUGCUGGAUUAGUUCUCUCUGUGAUAUUGGCAAAUUUUUUUGAGUUUCAUUGUUUUAGGGAGAAUAAUUCUUGGCUGAGAUUUUUUGAGCAGGUGUUUGCAUCUGUAGAGUUGUCCAUUUUUGGUUGGAUGUUUUUUUUUGUUGAUACAACGUUUGUUUCUUCCUAUCCAUGGCUUUUGUUUCCAUUACUUUCCAUUAUUUCGGGGUGUGGGAAAGCACUAUUUGACUUAAGAUUUGGAGCUACACCCGUGACUUUUGGUGUGAAUGAGGUUUUGGUGCUUCUUUUAGGAGGCUGUAUUUUGAAUAUUGGUUUUAGGACUCUUGACUAUGGUGAUUUUUUAGCUAUGAUCAGUGCUUGUAUAUUUUUGAUCUGUUCUCUGAAUUCAAUGUAUUGUAAUAAUGGACUGCCUUUAUUGGAGCCUUCAUCUUUUUUAACGAACCGGAAUGGUAUUUUAGCAUUUGUUGGCGAUGCGUUUAAUUACUUUUUUCAAGGAGAGCGUGAGAGAAGGUUAUUUUCUUUUUUUCUUCUUACGGUAGCUGUGAUGGUCCUCGAACUGCUUUAUGGUAUUUCAGCUAAUUCUUUGGGCUUAGUCUCGGAUUCUUUUCAUAUGCUAUUAGACUCGGUAUCAAUUGCAGUUGGUUUAUUUGCAGCUUUUGUUUCGUCGUUAGCUAGUGAUAAAAUGACACAUCCAUUUGGCUAUGCUCGAUAUAGAGUUUUGGGGGGAUUUAUUAAUGCUGUGCUUUUACUUUUUAUAGCAUUGUUUGUUGUAGUCGAAUCGGUGGAAAGAAUAAUGAAUCCCCCUGAUAUUAACGCUGCGUAUCUAAUACAUGUUUCUGUUGUUGGUCUAAUUGUAAACAUUGUUGGUGUCGCAUUUUUCCACGGUGUGGGCUCUCACUCCCAUUCCCAUGAUGGAUGUUCGGGUUCUGUGGAUCAUAAUUUGAGAGGGAUUUACUUGCAUAUAUUGGCGGAUCUUGUGGGUAGUAUAAAUGUUAUGAUAUCAAGUAUAGUAAUUUCUCUUACCGGUAUGAAAAUUGUUGACCCGAUAUGUAGUCUUCUUAGUUGUGUAUUUAUAGCUUUUUCAGCCUUCCCUCUUUUGGAAGAAACCGGAAAGGUACUUCUUUUGGGUGGAUAUCCAUAUGACGAGGAAAAUUUUUUAAAGAAAGCUAUUGCUGGCAUCAAGGACAUUGAAGAUGUAGAUUCAGUAGAAAAUAUUUGUGCAUGGCCUCAUUCAACCGCACCUAACGAAUCGGCAUAUUGCGCAAUAAGGGUGUUAGCACGUGCUCGAGCUGAUCACAGCAAAAUACGUUUUUCAGUCACACAUUUCAUGAGGAAUUUUUUUAAGGCAGAGACUGGAUCACAUCACUUGAAUAUAAUUGUGCAUGUGGAAUAG